CUCUUCCCCUUCCUAGAUCUACGAAAGAUGGUGUCUUUUUCGUGGACGGAAGAGGAUGUGCUAUGGCAUUGCGGCUGCAAGCGUUUCGCCAAGGAGCUCGCCUCCGCCUCGCCAUUUUCCGACCUCCACCAUGCAAUCCAGUCCACCUGCGGGAUCUGGUUCAACAAGAUCAAUGUCGUCGGAUGGCUCAAGGCCUUCGCGGCUCACCCGCUGAUCGGAUCCAUCUCUCCCUCCGUUUCGCAGUGGUCCAAGGAAGAACAAUCUGCUGCAAUGGCUACUGCCAAUGAUACCACAUUGCAAGAAUUGGUGGACUGGAAUAUUCGUUACCAGGAGAAGUUUGGGUUUGUGUUCCUCAUCUGCGCCUCUGGAAGGGGCACGCUGGAGAUCCUUGUUGGAUUGAAGGUAAAUUGCUAA